UUCUCAGGCUCCUCUUUUUACAAUGAUCAGGCUCAACCUCGGAUAGGCACUCGAUUGAGGCCGCCUACUUCCUGUGUCUGGGCUCUGUGAAUGGCACUCGGCGCUCUGCACUGUGCGGCCAGGUUGGGGGACAUUGCAGCUGGUCUGCAAUGAGAAUCAACACACUGCUUUUCCCUGUAACAACGGCUGCUCUAUGUUGUAACUGCAUUGCGUGUUAAUGGUCUGGUUCCCAACAUACAGACAGACAUAAACUCGGCUCUACGAGUACAUUCCAAACUUCUCAAUAUGGAAAAUGAAGGUGCACCAGAAGAAGAGCUGAGACAAAGAAACACGUCCGCAUCCUCAGAAGAAACAGUAACGAAGGACCCUGAAGAGACCAAAAAACCAAAAGGAAGGUCGAAACUAGGAAUAUCGGCAAAAUGUGUGCAGUGGUUUGCAAAGCUGUUUGUUGGAUGCCUGUUAAUGGUCACAUGUGGCAUGAUGUAUGCAAUUUACCUAUCCACGUAUCAUGAGCGCAAGUUCUGGUUUUCUAGUCGGAGGGAUCUUGAACGAGAAAUCACUUUUCAGGGAGAUGGAGCCGUGUACUAUUCAUUUUAUAAAGACAUGCUGCGAGCCCCGUCAUUUGAAAGAGGUGUAUUUGAAUUGGCCUAUAACAAUAGGACUGUGCCCAUGAAGACUAUCAAUGCUGUCCAGCAGAUGACCCUGUACCCGGAGCUCAUAGCCAGUGCCCUGUAUCACAUGUCUGGUAGUAAGGGUGCCGUGGACCCCGUAUAUUUCUACAUCGGAAUCAUAUUUGGCCUACAAGGAAUAUAUAUCGGUGCCUUAUUUGUCACCAGCUGGAUGAUGAGUGGCACCUGGCUGGCUGGGAUUUUGACAGCUGCCUGGUUUAUUAUUAACAGGACAGAUACCACCCGCAUGGAAGACUCCAUUCCUCUGAGAGAAAACUGGGCUCUCCCAUACUUCGCAUGUCAGGUUGCCGCACUCACAGGCUUUUUAAGAAACAGCAGCAAUGUAUAUGCAGAGAGAUUCUGUUACCUGUUGAUGAGUGCAUCUACCUACACAUUUAUAAUGAUGUGGGAGUACAGCCACUACCUGCUUUUCAUACAGGCCUUAUCGCUGUGUCUGCUUGAUGGCCUCUCCAUGAUCAAGAAAGAGAAGGUUUAUGAAGUCCAUAAGAUGUACCUGUUCUCUGUGUUCCUGGGAUAUUUACUACAGUUUGAGAACUCGGCUCUGCUGACAUCCCCUCUUCUAAGCCUUGUUGUGGGUUGUAUGAUUGCCAAAAGCCUCCAGGUUGGCGUUAAAAAGGGCACAUUCAGAGCGAAAGUGAUGAAGAUAAUGUACUUUUACUUGGCAUUUACCAUUUCUGUGUCCCUGCAUUAUUUGAUAAGGACUGUAAUUCCUCAUAAAGAAAACCGGCAACUAUUGAAAUCUCUUGAAGUAAAGUUUGGACUGAACAUGACUAAAAACUUCACAGUGAAUUGGCUGCUUUGCCUGGAGUCCUUCCAGCCACCAUCUCAGGAUUACCUUAUACGGCUCACUCAGUCUUCCUUGUUGCCUUUCUACAUCCUUGUCUUGCUCAUCUGCCUAUGCUCCAUAUGCCAGGGAAUAUUUAAAAGAAUUUGUGGUGUGCCUGUAAGUGCUCAUAUCCUCGCUAGGGAAGGACGGAUAGGAGAAAGACCAGAGGUCAUCUACCAUGUCAUCCAAAGUCUUCUCCUGGGCUCCCUUGCUAUGACCUUUGAGGGAGUGAAGUACUUGUGGACGCCUUAUGUCUGUGUCCUUGCUGCCUUCGGUGUUUGUUCCCCUGAGAUGUGGAUUACACUGCUCAGGUGGAUCCGUGUGAAAGCUGUACAUCCAGUCCUGAUGGCUUUCAUCUUAAGUGCAGCUGUCCCCACAGUCAUCGGCUUCAGCUUAUGGAGAGAGUUCAUACCCAGAAUUGUCAGUGAGUUAUCAGAACUGGAGGAACACUAUGAGUCUGACACCGUGGAGCUCAUGAACUGGAUAAAAGGCCAGGCUCCUUUGGCUGCAGUGUUUGCUGGGAGUCCUCAGCUGAUGGGUGCCAUUAAACUCUGUACCGGAUGGAUGGUGACAAGUUUACCUGUGUACAAUGACGAAGAACUGAUGAAGAGGAAUGAACAUAUUUAUCAGAUCUAUAGCAUGAGGUCAGCAGAAGACAUAUACAAGAUCUUAACCUCUUAUAAAGCAAACUAUGUGGUGAUCGAAGAUUCAAUCUGUAAUGAGGUAGCUGGAAUCAAGGGCUGCAGAGUAAAAGAUUUGCUGGAUAUUGCAAAUGAUCAUGUGCUGAACGAGGAUGGGGAUAUGUAUGCCUACUCAAAAUAUGGACGCUUCUGCCAUGAAAUAAAAAUGAAUUAUUCUCCAUAUGUGAAUUACUUCACCAGAGUGUUCUGGAACAGGUCCUAUUUUGUAUAUAAAAUCAACACUCUUAUAUCUUUCCAGUACUGACAAUCAUGAGGAUUUAUGAUAUCGGUGACCAUCAUUUGAGACUUUGUGAUGCAUCGCGGUUCUUCUUCCAAGGCCCUCAUGGGUGUGUGUGUGUGUCUAUCAAAGCAUGGGGUCUUGUUAUCAUGGCUCCAUCUAAUGUGUGUAGUAUUGGCUGUUUGUACUGUGGGCUUGAGGAUAAAGAUCAAGAGACGGUGUGAAUGUUAUAUCAUUGAGUUGUAUAAAUCCUGUGCUUUGAAAUAUGCAAACUGAUAAAUAUUUUAUUUUGUUUUAAUAUGUGUAUUGUAAAAACUGUUUAAAAUGUUAAC